CAGGCUCAUAAAGCUGCCUCUUUACAACUGCUACCACAAGCUCUCCCAGCGAGCCAGCGUGCAGAACACAAAGACAGAAAUGAGUAGUGGGGUGUGGUUUUCUAGUUUGGGGCUGGUGGCCUGGCUGUGUUGCCUCAGUCUGGGGCCCGUUCAAGGGGGGAAGGUACUAGUUGUUCCUGUUGAUGGAAGCCACUGGCUAAGCAUGAAGAUCCUGGUGAAAGAGCUCAACCAGAGGGGACAUGAGGUCUUGGUGCUGGUGCCUGACAGCAGCCUGUUGAUCCACAGCUCAGAGAGCUUCAAGACUGAGGUUUACCCGGUGUCUUUUACAAAAGCUGAUCUGGAUAACCGAUUCGACCAGCUAAGGGAUGGACUUUUCCUCAAAGCACCACAGAUCACUGACGUGUUCGUCAACGUGCAGCGUUUGAUAAACUUUACUUCAUUACAGUGCGAGGGUUGUGAGAGUUUGCUGCACAACAAGCCUUUAAUGAGUCGGCUCAGAGGAGGAGGCUUUGAUCUUGUGCUAACUGAUCCUUUCCUUCCCUGCGGCUCAGUCUUGUCUCAUCUCCUCUCCAUUCCAGCUGUUUAUUUCCUACGAGGACUUCCAUGCGAGCUGGAUUCAAAGGCUAACCAGUGCCCUUCUCCCCCCUCGUACGUUCCUGUGUCCUUCACUGGCAAUACAAACAACAUGAACUUUCCACAGAGAGUCAAAAACAUGGCUAUGUCUUUUGUGGAGUCCUACAUGUGCAAAUUAAUGUACAGCGGAUUUGACGAUCUAGUCAGCAAGCAUUUAAAAGAAGGCAUGACUUAUAAAGAACUUCUUAGUCAAGGUGCUAUAUGGCUUCUCAGAUAUGACUUCGUCUUUGAAUGGCCCAAACCUAUUAUGCCAAACAUGGUUUUUAUUGGAGGUAUCAAUUGUGCAAAGAAGGCUCCUCUGCCAGCGGAGUUAAAGGAGUUUGUGGAUGGCUCUGGAGAUGACGGCUUCAUUGUCUUUACCCUGGGCUCAAUGGUUUCCAACAUGCCUGAUGAGACAGCCAAGCAGUUCUUUGAGGCUUUUCGGCAACUACCACAAAGGGUUGUGUGGAGAUAUACUGGAGUCCCGCCUAAGGAUGUACCCAAGAAUGUCAAACUUAUGAAAUGGUUACCUCAGAAUGACCUCCUAGCCCAUCCCAAAGCCAAAGUCUUCAUCACUCAUGGAGGAACUCAUGGUAUCUAUGAGAGCAUCUGUAAUGGUGUACCCAUGUUGAUGUUUCCACUGUUUGGAGAUCAGAGUGACAAUGUGCAUCACAUGGUGACUCGGGGUGUUGCAGAGAAACUUAGUAUUUUUGAUGUGACAACCGAAAACCUAGUGGCUGCACUAAAGAAAAUCAUCCAUGAAAAGAGUUACACAGAGAAGGCCAUGGAGAUGUCUAAAGUACACCUUGAUCGCCCCGUUCAGCCUCUUGAACUGGCCGUUUUCUGGACUGAGUUCGUCAUGAGACACGGAGGUGCCUCACACCUAAAGGUUUCAGCACAUGACCUGAACUGGAUUCAGUACCAUUGUUUGGAUGUCAUUGGCUUAUUCAUCAUCAUUAUCUUAACUGUUGUGUGGGUGACCCUCAAAUGCUGCUCGUUCUGUUUCCGUAAGUGUUUCAGAAAGGAGAGUGCAAAGGUGAGGAGGAAGAAAGAAUAGAGUUUGUGAUUCCACAUUGAUCAGAUUUGUAUAUUUCUGUUUCUAAAUUAAUAAAAUAAGCUGAAAGUCUGCAGUGACUGUUGAAAUGGGGUACUAUGUGAAGAGUUAUAUGUACAGAAUGGUUGAAAUGUGUCUGUAUGUACAUUAACCACUUUGUCUGAAUCAGAAUUUCACCUAACGCCAGAGUCUUCAACUGUAAAACAAACUUUUGACCAAAUAAAAGUUGUUUUUAUCAAAACCAAA